AUGUAUGUGUGUGGGGGUGUAAUUGCCAACAGUGUGUUAGGUGUGGGUGGCUUUGGGCGUGUCGACCUGGUCUAUGCCCCACAGCAUCAAAAGCAAUGGGCCCUGAAGGCCAUUAGCAAGGCCGCCGUUUUGCAAUCCAAGCAAGAGGUAUACGUGCAAUCAGAGCGCGAGAUUAUGGCCGGACUGGACUCGCCCUUUUGCACACGGCUAGUCGCAACCUUCAAAGAUGACUGCUAUUUCUACCUACUGUCUGAGGCACUACUAGGCGGCGAGCUAUGGCGUCAUCUCAAGCUGGGCGGCCCGCUGGCUGAGGAUCACGCUCGCUUCUAUUGCGCCUGUGUCCUUGAAGGCCUGGCCUAUCUUCAUCAUCGGCACAUCCUGUACCGCGAUCUGAAACCCGAAAAUGUAAUGCUUGAUGCCCGUGGCUAUGUCAAGUUGGUGGACUUUGGCUUUGCUCGCCACCUGCCAGGCAACAAGAAGACCUGGACCUUUUGUGGCACCCCGGAGUACAUGGCACCAGAAAUCAUCAUGAAUCAGGGACACGAUCAGACGUGCGACUACUGGGCUUUUGGCAUCUUUAUAUACGAGCUUUUGACAAGCAGGACCCCGUUUCAGCAUGCGGAUCCCAUGCAAGUGUACAACAAGAUUGUCUUGGGAGUGGAUCAGAUCCACUGUAGCCCGCGGCUCGGGUGUGACGCCAAAGACCUCGUUUAUCGUCUCUGCAGAGAUGUCAAUGCAGACCGUUUAGGUACAGGAAUCGAGGGCAUCAUGCACAUAAAGCACCACAUUUGGUUUGCUCGGGUAGAUUGGGCCAGUCUAGCCCAACAAUGUAUACCGCCACCAUUUGUGCCCGACAUUUCCAAAGACGAUCCAACACGGUAA